CGUCAUGACAGCUCCGCACGUGACUCUGGGUGAAGUUCUUCUUCCUGAGAGCGGUGCAAAACACACCGACAAAAUUCGGGAACGGAGAAUAGCAGUUUGUGGAGUCAGUCAGUGGAAGAAGUACUCCUCUGUAGAGUCAUGGCCUCUGCUUCAAUACCAGUCUACAACUCCUCUAAUAAUCCCCUGGAGAACAGCUCCAGUCACAAUGCGUCCAGAGAGAGUCUGAAAAUGGAGCCCCUGGCAGACUGCAGCUUACUGCCCGGAGAGGAGAGGAUCAUAGACAAAGACAUCAUCUAUAUCUGUCCAUUCAGUGGAGCUCUGAAAGGCAAAGUCUUCAUCACUAACUACAGACUCUACUUCAAGAGUGCAGACGCAGACCCGGCGGUGACUCUGGAUGUUCCGCUGGGUGCCAUUGGCCGGGUGGAGAAGAUGGGCGGAGCCUCCAGUCGGGGGGAGAACUCAUACGGGCUGGACAUCACCUGCAAGGACAUGAGGAACCUGAGGUUUGCGUUGAAGCAGGAGGGACACAGCAGAAGGGACAUCUUUGACAUCCUGUUUAAAUAUGCCUUCCCCCUAUCCCACGGUCUGCUUCUGUUUGCGUACCUGAGUCAAGAGAAAUUUGAAGAGAAUGGCUGGAGUGUGUACAAACCCAUGGAAGAGUUCAGACGGCAGGGCUUACCCAAUGACAAGUGGCGUGUCACGUUCAUCAAUGCCAACUAUGAGCUGUGUGACACCUACCCCACCAUACUGGUGGUUCCCUUCAAAGCUACAGAGGAAGACCUGAGGAAAGUGUGUACCUUCAGGUCCAGAGGACGCAUUCCCGUGCUGUCGUGGAUCCACCGUGAGAACCAGGCCGUUAUCUGCCGCUGCUCCCAGCCCCUGGUGGGGAUGUCUGGGAAGAGGAACAAGGAUGACGAGCGCUACCUGGACCUCAUCCGGGAGGCUAACGGCACCGCCAAGCUCACCAUCUAUGACGCACGGCCCAGCGUCAACGCCGUCGCCAACAAGGCCACGGGUGGGGGUUACGAGGGGGACGAUGCAUAUCAGAACGCUGAGCUGGUGUUUCUAGACAUACACAACAUCCACGUGAUGAGAGAGUCCCUGAAGAAGCUAAAAGACAUUGUCUAUCCCAACGUAGAGGAGUCACAUUGGCUGUCCAGUCUGGAGUCGACACACUGGCUAGAACACAUCAAGCUGGUCAUAUCUGGAGCCAUCCAAGUAGCAGACAAGAUAUCGGGAGGUAACUCUGUGGUGGUCCACUGUAGUGAUGGGUGGGACCGGACGGCCCAGCUCACCUCUCUGGCCAUGCUGAUGCUGGACAGCCACUACCGCACCCUGAGAGGAUUCCAGGUACUGCUGGAGAAGGAGUGGAUCGGCUUCGGACACAAGUUUGCCAAUAGGAUAGGACACGGUGAUAAGAACCAUGCUGAUCAGGACAGGUCUCCUAUCUUUGUACAGUUCAUAGACUGUGUCUGGCAGAUGACCAAACAGUUCCCGACAGCGUUUGAGUUUAACGAGCGUCUCCUAGUGACCAUCCUGGACCACCUGUUCAGCUGUCGCUUUGGAACCUUCCUCUUCAACUGUGAGCGUGCCAGGGACACUAACGAGUUGCGGUCGAAGACGGUGUCUCUGUGGUCAUUGGUAAACAGUGAUCUGUCCUUCUACCAGAACCCCUUCUACACCCCAGAGUCCAAUAGAGUCCUCUACCCUGUAGCCAGCAUGAGACACCUAGAACUCUGGGUGACUUACUACAUCCGCUGGAACCCUCGCAUCCGACAACAGCAGCAGAGUCCAGUGGAACAGCGUUACAUAGAGCUGUUAGCCCUGAGAGAUGAAUACCUGAAGAAACUAGAGGAACUGCAGCUCUCUGACUCCUCCCCCAACUCCUCCCACCUAUCAAAUAGCUCCACCCCCAACGCAGCCUCUCCCACGCAGCACAUCACCCACCUGCACACCCCGUUCUGAGUGGGGUCGUCACACACACUCCGACGUAUACAACACAUGUGUAUGCGCAUUCUCCGGGGUCGGUGUUGAUUACAUGUCAGUUCAGUUAAUGAAUCAUAGGAGAUUGAUUGAAGUUCCAAAUUUGAGAGUUGAAAAGUGACUUUUUCCCAAUGAAGAUUUUUCAGAUCUGCAGGAUUUCAGAAUGUUCAGUUAUUCGGAAUUUCAGAAUUUCAAUUCACUUCCUGAAAUUGAAAUGGGUUUGACCCUGACACAGGAAGUUAUUUUUUGUACAUAACGUUUAAAGUAAUAAUGAAGUCGAUAAAUAACAUGGAAUAGACGUAACCAUGGUGAUUAUGCAACAUGUCAUAGUACAGCCUUUUCACAACUUUAAUAGAAUGUUGUUUUUCCACAAAAACAAAGAAGCCUUAAUAUAAAAUAAAACAAUGUUUGUAGAUAAACAAUACUAAAGGUAAAGGGUUAAAACUCACUGGCUGCAUUCCAAUUCACCCGGAAGUGUGCCUUCAGUCACUCCCCUUCAUGCUCAUGCAUUGUAUUGGUGCAAGCAUGGCUGGAUGGAGUUUCCACCAUAUUCCUCACACCAGUCCCUUUUAAGUCUAUGAGGGGGAGCGUAUGAGUGCACACUUCAGGAGAAGGGUAGAGAAUGGGAUCGUAGCCCCUGCUCCUCUAGGACUGAAUACACUGCACUCCUCUCCAUGACCAGGGAGAGAAUGGGAGACGGGAAUGAAAAUUUGACUAGAAGUGUAUGUGACUAGGUUCCCUUCAAUCAUUGUGUAGCUGUACCUAUGUCCCAACAUAAGCAAUACCAGUCCAAUCAUUCAGUUAAGUUUGGAUAGGAAGCUUGAGUGCAAACCAAGUCCACUGCAGUUUCCCCGUCCCAACUCACAUAAAUUAUUUAGCAUUCAUACCCACAGAAAUAGUAUAAAUCAGUUCUAAGUCCCAAAUUGUAUAAUUUAUUCGGGGUUGAUUAUAGCCCAGUGUAUGAUAUCCGGUAGGCCAAGUAUCCCUGUGUAUUGUACUGUAGAAGGUCUAGGGAGAGACGGGACACAGUCAGUUGUAUUGGUUCCUAUGAGAGGUGCUGAGUUUUAUCUCAUAUUGUGGUCCACUCGAGCCUCGUCCCAAAUCUGAUUGUUCUGUCUUGCUGACUCAAAAUAACCUCUUUUUAUUAACGUUUUUUUUUUAUUGGUAACAGAAACAUAUUUAGCAGAUGUUAUUGCAGGUGUAGCAAAAUGCUUGUGUUACUACUGCACUGUCGGAGCUAGGAUCUAACAAGUCACAAUAAUACACACAUCUAAAUGUAAAAGAAUGGAAUUAAGAAAUAUAUAAAUAUUAGGACGAGCAAUGUCAAGAGUGGCAUUGAUUUAAAAUACAGUAGAAUUGAAUACAGUAUAUACACAUGAGAUGAGUAAAGCAGGAUGUAAACGUUAUUAAAGUGUGGUCGUAGUCAUGCAUUACAUUUACCGUAUGUGUUGGUAAGACGGCACAAACAGAUCUGGCACCAGGCUAGUUCCACUCAGUCCAAUAAUAGUGAUCAGUGGUUCUGCCUCAACCCAACUCUUUUGCACAACUUCAGAACCUUUACAACCUGUUACCUUAAAUGGUCAAACCCCUCUUGGCAUAAAUGUAAACAUUUGCCAUUGACCCUCCUGAUCCCAAUCUGCGUGGCAAAAUGGUUUAGCUCAAAUUUGCUGAAGGUUUUUGGACUCCCACAGAGUAGGUUCAUAAAUAAUCCCCAAAUAAAAGCUGUGGACGGGACAAGUUGUUUUGACGAGAGCAAUGUCUAGAGGUGGGAUCAGAUCGGUGGAAGUCCAGAAUAAUUUACAAUGUUUCAAGGGAUCACAAUGUGGGCAGUGUAUUCUCAGACGAGAGUUCUUUGGACAAGAAUCACCAUAUAUUUUGAGAUUAGAUUGGUGGGAAAACCCAGGAAUUGUUUAGUUACUCUUUACAGGGCAUAUCCAGUGUUCUGGAGAACGCAGGUCAGGUCCAGUUCUGUGCCUUUGACCGUCUGAAUUUCAUCCUCAGGUGGAUGUUUUGUAUGUACCCAAACUAUAACUUUGUCAUUGUUCCUCUGUGUGUGGCAUCUGUGGCGAGGGAUGAAGGGAAAGAAAGCACCUGAUUGGUUGUGGCAGGAGAAAGGAAGAACCCGAUUGGUUGUGGUGCGGGGAAAGAAAGCAUCCGAUUUGCUGG